GAACGAGUAGAAUUAGUAGUGAUAGUUGAUCAAAAAGUUAUGAUCAAAGGAGUAGAGUUAGUCAGUCAAGAAGCAAAAAUAGACUGUCAAAAAGUUAUGAGAGAAGAUGAUCAAGAAGCAAAAAUAGACGGUCAAGAAGUUAUGAGAGAAGACAAUGAUCAAGUUAUGAUAGCAGAAGUAGAGAUAAAUGAUCAAUCUAAUAUUAGUAGUUCACAAGCUCAAGAUCAAUUAGUUCGAACUAGUCUGCAAGAAGUUUCAAGUUCUUUGAAUAUUAGACCUAAAUAUUUAGAUCUUGAUGAUCUUCCAAAUGACCUUCUAGCUGCUUUAAGACAUCAAGUUUCUUGGAUUAUUGAAAGAAUACCAUCUCAAGAUCAACUAAGAUUGGAUCAAACUUUUUAUUUACAAAAAAAUCUCACAACAAAUACAAUAAUUCCAAUUAUAAUAAAAGCAUUAGAUCUACAUACAUUUCCAGUAUCUGAAAAUAUUAUAUAUGAUAGAGUCUAUAUUCGGCACAAACACCAACGUGAGGAAUAUUUGAUUAAACAGCAAUCAAAAGAAUACCAAGAUAAACGUGCCAGAUGA